GAAGCGAGUGGAUCAGCUGACUGUAGCACAUGAUCCAGACGAGGAAGAAAGGCUAAUCCGUAGCUUCUUUUGCCCGUUAUUAGAUAUUUUAUAUCUACACUAUAGUAGAAAUAAUGGCUGGGCGCGGUAAAUUAAUCGCAGUUAUAGGAGAUGAAGAUACAUGCACCGGAUUCCUCCUGGGAGGGAUCGGCGAGUUGAACAAAAACCGCAAACCCAAUUUUUUAGUGGUGGAGAAGGACACCAGCGUCACUGAGAUAGAGGAAACAUUUAAGAGUUUCCUGGCUCGCAACGACAUCGGCAUAAUCCUUAUCAACCAGUUCAUUGCUGAGAUGAUCCGGCACGCCAUAGAUGCCCAUAUGCAGUCUAUCCCUGCUGUUUUGGAGAUUCCUUCUAAAGAGCAUCCAUAUGAUGCUUCCAAAGACUCAAUUCUACGCAGGGCUAAGGGCAUGUUCUCUGCUGAGGAUUUCCGAUAAAUGUAAUGGCUUAGUCAAGCCUUCAGUUUGUCUAUAAAUGUAAAGGAUGAGGAUGUUGUUUAGUGUCUCUCUCUCAUCUUACAAACUAAGAUGAUUGACUUCUGUGAUUUCUGUGGUUAUUGUUUAAGAUUGUGAAUAUUUUUUCUGGUAACAAACAAAAUGUUUAUUUAAUUGUAAUGAUCUAUAGGCUAUAUACAGCAUAUGUGAGUAGAUGUAGAGAAUUUCAGUAGACGAUUGCAUGCUUAUUAAACAAUAAAUACUAAGUCUA